UGUUCUUCUUAAACUCAUUUUAUUUGAGCUAUGAAAGCUUCAAUUUUUAAGAGAAUUUUGGAGUUUUUUAAGUGUUGACAGGACGUUUCAAGUGAAUUUGGAUAUGAAUUUUUUUUUUUUUUUUAGUUUUCAGCUUAUUUUUUUAUACCUGAUUCUUACUUGAGCUGUUUAGCUUGUUUUAAAUUUGCCAGCUUUGUAUCUUUUGUUGUUAUAUAUGUUUGUCGCGAAAAUUGAAUUUGUAGAUCUGGUGUUAUAAUUUGAUUAAGUAUGUUUUGGGUUUUGAGGUUGUGCAUGUUAAUGUUAAAAGUGGGGUAUUGAAAGAUGGAUCUAAUGUAGUAGUGGUUAUUGGGUGUUAGAUGUUUCUUAUAUAUGUGUAAAGUGAUGUUAUUUCUAUCUUUUCUGGCUCUUUCUGUUUUGGUUCUCAAAAUUGAGCUGGAUUGGGAUAUACAGGUUUGAGAAUUGGCAAACUCGUUGCUAAUAUGGAAUAGACGAUUAAUGCUGAACUGAGAGGUCAAGCUAAUGCUCUUUCAUGAGAAAGGAAAAAAAAUAUGUAGAGACUAAUUAUAUUAAGUUAAUGCAUGUGUGUGUAUCGGUCGCUAGCCAAGGAAUUCAUUAAGUAAUUUAAAAACCAAUCCAUGGAUGGUGGAUGAUAAGACAGGAGCUACUCAUAUAAUCCAGGGAAAACCAUGAUGCAUGGUGCUUAAAAUUGCUAUGCUAGCUGUAAAUAGUCUGACUAGAGCUUGCAAAUUCUAUUGAUGGCAUAUCCUUGGGGCUAUAGCUACAUGGUCAGCCAAUAUGGAUAUCCGAUUUUUAUGACCGAACCCAAUUUCUCAUAAAGUCUAAUGCCACUCCAAUGCAGAAUCUUUUCUCCAUGUUGUGGAAUGUGAAUGUCCAUAUUGACUACGUUUCUCUUCGAGACACCGCCACAUCUAACAUCCGAAAAAAGAUUCAUGGACAUUUGUUUAGGCUCUUUUCCUGUGGUUUGUUGCAGACAAAGGAACCUUAUUCAAUUUAUGUAUUGCAAAUAUGGUUGCUGAGUUGGACUACAUGUGAGCUCUCAUCGUAAGUAGGUAGUACAUCUUAAGUUAGACUUUGCAGUUAUUUGAUUUGAAGUAAAUAUGCCUUCAUGGUGGGGAAAGACCUCAUCCAAAGAAGACAAGAAGAAAGCAAAGGAAGGUAUCAUAGAUGCAUUGCAGCGGAAAUUCAAGAUUGCUUUGGAAGAUAAGAGCAGCAGUAAAUCAGGAGGAUCUUGGAGACGUUCUAGUGAUACUGUUUCUGAGAGGGGAUCUAGAUCACGAGUGCCUUCAAGAUCGCCAUCACCUUCAACACAAGUAUCACGCUGCCAAAGUUUUGCAGAAAGGCCUCAUGCUCAACCACUUCCACUUCCCGGGGGGCGCCAUAGUGGCAUUGGGCGGAGUAAUUCAGGAAUUACAGCUUCAAUAAGACCAGUAUUAGACGGAGGCUCCAAGCCUUUGGAUUUGCCCCUUCCAAGACCUGGAUGUGUCCAUAAUAAAUUAGACCAUACUUAUGCUGAGGGAGAUUCUGUUUCUAGUGUUAGCUCUAUGGAUAGUGAAUACCCAUCUGAUUCACGUGUUCUUAGCCCCCUUAUGUCUGAUUAUGAAAAUGGGAACAGAACUGCUACAAACAGCCCUUCUAGCGCAAAGCAGAAAGAGCAAUCCCCGAUUGUCUGUCGAAAGAACUCCAAAGAGACACUGAAGCCUGCUGAUUUUUCACUCAAUAAUCAGAUUCCUUCAGUAUCACCUAGACGGGUACCUUUAGGCAGCCAUGUACAAAAUCUACAGAUUCCUCAUCGAGGUGCAUUCUUCAGUGCUCCGGACAGCUCAUUGUCAAGUCCUUCUAGAAGCCCGAUCAGAGCAUUUGGCCCUGAGCAAGUUCUUAAUUGUGGUUUAUGGGCAGGACUAGGCUCUGGCCACUGCUCAAGUCCAGGUUCUGGUCAUAAUUCUGGGCAUAACUCAAUAGGUGGAGAUAUGUCAGGACAGCUAUUUCGGCCAAAUAGUCAUUGUAGCCCUGAGUGUUCUCCAAUACCUAGCCCUAGAAUGACAAGCCCUGGUCCCAGCUCCAGAAUACACAGUGGUGCUGUAACUCCUUUGCAUCCACGAGCUGGAGGUUCUGCCAUAGAGUCACCUACUAGCCGACCUGAGGAUGGGAAGCAACAAAGCCAUCGGUUGCCCCUUCCACCAAUAACAAUCUCUAAUACUUGUCCCUUUUCACCUGCAUAUUCAACUGCAACGUCUCCUUCAGUGCCCCGAAGUCCUAAUAGGGCAGAAAAUCCUACGAGUCCUGGUUCUCGAUGGAAGAAGGGUCGUUUGCUAGGGAGAGGCACAUUUGGACAUGUUUAUCUGGGGUUUAACAGGGAAAGCGGUGAGAUGUGUGCCAUGAAAGAGGUAACUCUAUUUUCAGAUGAUCCGAAAUCAAAGGAAUGUGCACAGCAAUUGGGACAAGAAAUAGCACUCCUAAGUCGAUUGCAACAUCCAAAUAUAGUGCAGUAUUAUGGGUCUGAAACGGUGGAUGAUAAAUUAUACAUAUACUUGGAAUAUGUUUCUGGUGGUUCAAUAUAUAAACUUCUCCAGGAAUAUGGUCAGUUUGGUGAAAUAGCCAUUCGUAGUUACACUCAACAGAUCUUGUCUGGGCUUGCUUAUUUACAUGCUAAAAACACUGUGCACAGAGACAUUAAAGGAGCAAAUAUACUUGUAGACCCCACUGGCCGUGUCAAACUGGCAGAUUUUGGGAUGGCAAAGCAUAUUACUGGGCAGUCUUGUCCGUUGUCAUUCAAGGGUAGCCCAUACUGGAUGGCACCUGAGGUGAUAAGGAAGCCUAAUGGUUGUAAUCUUGCUGUUGAUAUAUGGAGCCUUGGCUGUACAGUUUUGGAGAUGGCAACAACAAAACCACCGUGGAGCCAGCAUGAAGGGGUUGCUGCUCUGUUUAAGAUUGGAAAUAGCAAGGAGCUUCCUACAAUUCCUGAUCAUUUAUCAGAAAAAGGGAAGGACUUUGUUAGGCAAUGCUUGCAACGGGACCCGUCACAUCGCCCUACAGCUGCUCAACUUUUGGAGCACCCUUUCGUAAAAAAUGUUGCUCCAUUGGAGAAACCAAUUCCAACUGCUGAGCUCUCAGAACCACCAUCUGCAGUUACAAAUUCGGGAAGAUCAAUGGGGAUUGGAAGUGCAAGAAACAUUGCAGGUUUUGACUCUGAAGGGGUUGCUAUCCAUCAAUCCAGAGGCUCAAAGAGUGGUGCAGGAUCCAGUGAAGUCCAUACACCGAAGAAUGCGUCAUGUUCAGUUUCUCCUGUUGGGAGCCCUCUAAUACAUUCAAGGUCACCGCAACAUAUGAGUGGAAGAUUGUCUCCAUCUCCUAUAUCUAGCCCUCAUACUGUAUCUGGUUCUUCCACACCUCUUACUGGUGGUAGUGGUGCAGUCCCAUUUCAUCACUCCAUGCAGCCAACAACUUACUUGCAGGAAAGCAUGGGAAUGAUCCAGAGAUCCCAAAAUAUCUUGUACAGCAAUAGCAAUUAUCAGGAGCCCAACCCCAAUCUAUUUAGAGGGAUCUCACAAGCCUCUCAUGUUUUCCGGGAAUUGAUUGCAUCAGAGAAUGUUUUUGAAAACCAGUUCGGAAGAUCUGGUCAUGAGGAUCUCUAUAGUGGGCAGCCUGUCCUGGCUGAUCGUGUGUCUCAGCAGCUCCUAAGAGAUCAUGUGAAGUUGAAGCCAUCCUUGGACCUGAACCCAAGCUUGUCAAUGCUUGGUCGAACCAAUGGAAUCUAGUGUGCACCAGAGUCCUUGGUCUGAAAAUAGUGUCCAGGCAUUUCAUAAUGCUUCAUAUACUUCCAAUAUGUACCUGUAAAGUUAAGAUUGGCCAAAUGGUCAAGUUAGAUAUUCUGGAAGCUUGAAUGGUGGAAGAGACUUUUUGAAAGCAGAAUCUGAUUGUUCAGUUGCAGAGUUCAUACAGUAAGCAGUUUACAUGAUAUAUAGGAGGAGAGGAUGUCUAUUCGCAAGCAGUCACAUAUUCUUGAAGCUACCCAGCAAAUACAAUUUCACCUUUAUCAUUAUUAGAGCAUAUUUUUCUGUCAGCUGUAAUGAUUCCAGUAAAUGCACAAGUUAGCUCACUGCCAACAAAAACUGGUUAUACAGAGAAGAAGCUGUGGAAGAAGAAAUAUGCUGGUGUAAAGAACUGUAUAUGUUAUUACACUUGAAACACAGGAGUUACAAGAAGCUAUUACCAUAUCUGGACCUUUUCUUUUCCUUUCACUGUAUUUUUAGGGUGGAAGGAUGGUGAUGGGAAUUAAAUACUCAGUUGUACAGAAAGUUGGAGUCCAGAUUUUGUCCGAAGAUGACAGUUGAGGAUGUGCCUGAUCUAUAAUUUCUUUUCUUUUUUCCUUAUCAGUUUAAGGCAGCUCAAAACACAUACUGGGGGCUGUCCUGCUGAUUAUUUUGUAUCUAUACUUUUACACAUUUGCAUCCAAUUGAAAGAAAAAAUCUAAGUUAACCUGUGUA